AUGUCGACUAACUCUGCUGCAUCGUCAAGCGAUGGCACGUCUCAGAGGGAUUCAUACAUCCCAUUGUUCUCAGGUCAACCGGCAGAAUACCGAGAAUGGAGGAAAUGCAUCAACUUGUACCACCAGAAGAUGGUCUUGGCUAAUCGCAAGGGGGAGUCCAUUUUGAACAUCGUGGGCUCUCUGACAGGCUCUGCACGGCGCUUGGUGGAGGACUUUGAUGUUGCCAAAGCUGAGGAGGACAAUGCCUUCCAGGACUUGUUGAAACUACUUGAUCAGCAUUUUAAACAUGAUUCCCGUGUUCAGCUCCCUUCAGACUUUGAUGGAUACUUUGAGAGGUUCUCAGAACUGAAACUGAGUCGGGGCUACCUGAAACCUCAGUCCUGGAGUUUCGCAGUCACCAACUUCCAGUCCAAGCUCCAAGACUCCAAGGGCAAGAAGGGCAAAGCUGGCAAGAGCUUGUCCAAAAAUGGUUCACCGAAGGGAGGAUCUCCAAAAGGCAAGUCUGGUGCUUCAUACAAGUACACCAAGGCUCCGAUGAAGCCACAUGAUCCUCGAGGACGUGCUUCAGCUGCGGGUCAUGAGCGCUAUGAUGUGGCUAUGUUGGAUCCAGGUGCCUCUGCAUUCCUUAGUGGAUUUGGACAUGCUCGCCGAUACCUGCAGUUUUUGGAGUCGCAGGGCUACCCCAUCAACGAUGUCCAAUUCCAUCGAUGCAGGCACAAGUUUCAUUUUGGAGGUGAUGGUGAAUGUUGGAGCAAAUGGGUGAUGCAGCUUCCCAUGUGCAUUGCCGGCCGAUUUGGCCAAGCACAGGUCUUCCUGCUCAAGGGCGAGACCCCAUUUCUCUGCGGACGUCCCAUCAUCGAAUCCUUGGGCAUCGUGAUGGACUUUCAGAACAAGAAGGUGCGAAUGGAUUGUGGAGAAGUGGAUCCAAUGAGUCUCAACUUGAGACAGUUUGAGAAUGAGGAGCAGGCUUUUGCCCUCUUCGACGACUGUGUUGUCACCUCAGUUUUGCAUGAGAAGGGUCGCAAGAUUUGGGAGGUCUAUGCUGGAAAGGGCCGGACAGCAGAGGUUGCUGGAAAGGGCCGGACAGCAGAGAUUGCUGCUAUGGGUGCUCAGGUGGAAACCUGCAGUCGUGAAACUGGCUGGGACUUUGACAUUGCCAGUCAUAGUCUUUGGUUUCUACAACGCCUUGAGUCCGAAUGUUCCGACGAUCGUGGACUUUGUCGGCGCCAAGUUCUAUUGCUGCACCACCUGCUGUCCCAGAGCGACGUGAAGUUCCAACUUUGGAUCCAGCACUUGCCUCACUUUAUGAGCCUGCGCGUCCUGGUGAAGAUUUCCUUGUCCAGCGACGUCGACAUGAACGCUCUGAGGUCAAUGUGUUGCUACAAGUUUUUGGACGAGCUCCAAACCCUCUUCGAGAUCAAGCCAGGGUUGUACCAUGUGGUUCCACGUCGCUCCACCGUCGACGUGAACGCCUUCAAAGAUGUGCCCAUCGAUCCGAACGUCCUGGAUCCGAUACGGACCACUGUGAUGAAACAGCCUGACCGCCAAAUCGAGGUCCUGAAUGACGAUGGCACUGAAAAGCGCAUCUCCAAGCUGGCGUGGACUGGGACGACCGUGUUCCAAAUCAAUGGUGAGGCCCGAAGGGAACUUUGCAUGUUUUCCUGCCACUAUGCCAAGAAGAUGGGCCGCGAAGUGAAAACACAAAUGAUGCGCCAGCAGCGCAAGAAGGACAAGAAGGCGGUGAGCUACAACGAUGUUGAUGCGUUGCAGGGGAACUUGGACACCACAAGCCCAACAACAUCGAGACUUUCUCGAAACUUUCUGUUGUCACUGACUUCAACACUGCAGUGGCAGCUGUGGACAUCAGAUAUCUCCACGGCGUUUCUCCAAGGAUUACCUCAGGAGAGGAAACUAUGGAUCAAACUUCCUUCAGAAUGUUUGCAUUGUGGGCCUGAAACUCUAAUGUUGCUAAAGAUGCCCUGUUACGGCCAACUGGAUGCACCUCGAAGGUGGUACCUUGAAGCUUGUCAUCGCCUCCGUGGACUUGGGCUGCGACAGCAUCUACUUGAUCCUUGUUGCUUUCUGGUGUUUGAGAAAGACUUUGUCACGGAGUUUUCACCUGGUGCAGUUGGUGAUUGCGGUUUGGUGGGCAUCAUUUGCCUUCAUGUGGAUGACAUGUUGGGAGCUGGUGAUGGCAACUCCCUAACAUACCAGAAGGUCAUCAAAGCCUUGAAGGAGACCUUCACCUUCCGUGAGUGGCAUGAUGGCGACUCCCUAUCCUACUGCGGCGCUGGCAUCCAGCGUGAUGCCAAUGGAAUCAAACUGCACCGCACAAGCCAGUACUUCCAUGCUCUCUGGCGAAGUUACGAAAGGCAUCCUGACUGGUUCCUGGCUGAACUUCUUCAAGCCCGCUCGGUGCUGAACCCUGUGAUGAUCACCGGUGCCAAGGCCUUGUAUGACUCCUACCGCCGUGAGCCCCUGAUCUUCAACGUGACGGACCGGAGGCCGAGCCUUGAAAUCCGGGUGGUCAAGGCCAGCAUGCGGCAGACCCUUGCCGACAAACUUCGCCACGCGAAGAUCAAGUUCCUCUACGACCCUGGCUAUGUAGCUGCAAAGAAGAAAACCUUGGAAGAGAAACGUGAAGAGCUAGAAUCUUCAACGAAGACUCGCAAGCAGAAGCACUCAAAGAAUGUCAAGAAGCCAAAGAAUGACUUCCAACCUGAGAAUGCCGAAGCCCCUGAGAAUGACUUGAUUCCUGCAAAGGGAGACCUGACUGCUGAGCUCUUUACCGAUGAAGAGUUCAAGAUGGAUGAAGAGCAUGACGUUGCCCAGUAUGACUUGGUGCCACAGAAUGCCCAGGCUCCUGUGAAUGUCUGCUAUGCACAGUCCUUUGCAGUUGUCAAGUAUGUCAACGCCCGGCGCGCAAGCCAUGGCGCUGUUGUGAAUGUGCCCACGCUCCUCGAGAAGUUUGUGUUCAAGACACUGGCUUUUCUGGCUGCAGGUCUUGGAAUGGAGAACAUCCCCCUUGCACAAGGCACAGAUGUUUGUAACACACCUGGUUUUUCUGCAGAUGAAACGGGUUCUAACAACUACUUGAGCUGGUCUCUUUUGCUGCUUUUUCUGGGACUGGUCAUUUUGACCCUCUGGUUUGCACUUCGACGAUCAGUUCGUCGACUGGUUGAGCUGGACUACCAGCUGAGCACCGCGAGGCAACAGAUCGCCUUGCUGGAGCGAGACUUGGCCGAAGCUGAAGGUCGACAAGCGACAGUGGAAGAUGAGCGCAGCCUGGUGAUGCGCAACUCCAAUGUCCUUUCAGUGAUGCAUGGAGAGCUCCAACAGGCUCAUGAAAGGCGAACGCAGGCACACGACCGUGCCCGUCGUGCCUUUGCCGAGCAGCGCGACGCUGAGGUGGAGCUUAGAAAUGCGCUGAGGCUUUCAGCGCCUGAACUUCAGACUGGAUUCGAAGCUGCCCAUGCCCUGGAGGUGCACUUCGAAAGAUGCCCGCUAGGUGGAAUGAUCAGCAUCCAAGACGGAGCUAGAUCAUGGCAUACAGACUCAGACUGCCCUGAGUUGUACGUUUCUGGCCGAGAAAUUCAGAAUCGGGUGCCAUGUCCGUUUUGUGCUCAGACGCCACGGGAUCCGGAUGAUCUGAAUGCUGGCUUGAGGGUGAUUCAUGCCCCCGAUGGAGUUCAACUCGAAAACUUGAGGGCCCCUGCAGACCAAUAG